AUGUCUAUGUCUUAUCAUCCAUUUUCAGGGUUCUCCGUGCCGAAAAGAGUUAUUGCUCUAGGCGGUGGUGUCGUGGGUCUCCAAACAGCAGUCGACCUGCUCGAGGCUGGCUAUGCGGUCAAUGUGAUAGCGAAACACCUUCCAGGUGAUAUAGACGCUCACUAUCCUUCCCAGCAGGCUGCCGCUACUUGGGCUUCCGAUGAGCCUACGGUGGAUGCUGAAACGAGACGGUGGUACGACGAAGGGUAUAAACAGUGGGAGAUCAUGUCGGAAGGGAACGAAUUCGAGGCGGCUGGAGUUGUUAAACGACCUUGCUUUCGAUAUUGGGAGAAUCCUCCCGAAAACCUCGUCAAGCACGGGUCAUCCGCACUUUGGCACUCAAAGGAUAUACCUUCCUUUAGGAUUCUAGACUCUGAAGAACUUCCGUCAGGGGUAAACUUUGGUACAACCUACACAACAUUCAGCGUGAAUACACCGGCAUACCUUGACUAUCUUCAGUCCCGCAUUGUUGCAUUAGGCGGCACUAUCAAACGUGCGGUUCUACCUGUUGACCAGGGUCUGGAGCAGGGACUAAAAGUAGCAAGACAGCUCGUUGCAGCUGAAUUGGGUGACUCAAAAGACAUACACGCCUAUGUGAACGCGAUGGGUACAAAUGGAAUGAGGCUAGCUGGCGAUAAGGAUUUAUUGAUUAUCAGAGAUCAGUCAGUCCACAUUAAAGGGGAAGCCUAUAAGUAUGCGGACCGGAUAGAUGCUGAUGGUAUCUACUACGCCAUUCCAAGGGUGGGCGCGGGUCUUACCGUUUUAGGAGGAUAUUUGGAGGUUGGAAAUUGGAACGAAACUGUAAAUCUUGAUUGCGUUAGGAAAGUCCUGAAAAAUUGCAAAAAGCUAAUACCAGAGUGUCUAAAUGACAAUGGCGAUUUCACGGUUCUGAACGAGUAUGUGGGUAUUAGGCCACAUAGGAAAGGCGGGGCAAGAGUAGAGGUAGAGCAACUCAAGGAUAUGCCGGAAGAGAGUGUCGUCGUGCACAACUACGGUCACGGUCCUGGUGGGUUUUUCAAGUCCGUGGGCGCCGCGAGGAAGGUUGUUCGACUACUAGAUGGUAUUGGAUCCAAGCUAGAGUUUCCGCCUGACCUAAAAGAGAAGAUGCGAAGUUCGGCUUUGCAGGACCAGGAGAUAUUCCCGGGAUUCUACGGCAAGGCUGGUGGUUCAAGUAAAGAAGAGGUUUGAAUUGAGGACCACGUUAUCUUACCCUUAUCCUGGGCCUCUCAGUCGAGUCAGCAAGGGGCAAGAGCUAGUCACAGGAAGCGCUGAGGGCCGUCUCACUUUCCGGCUUGAUUCGACGCGAAACGAUUGUUCGUAGCGGCUAAAUUGAGAUAUUCGUGAGAAUAGCAGGCGACUUAAUUAUGAG